ACCUGUAAUGAAAGAGGUCUCAUUGGAAAGUAAUAUCUGUGAAACAUGGAUUGAGGUGGUGAGCACGAAACUCAGUGGAAAAUUUCCUAUGCCAAUGGUUAAUUGGACCCACAGUGUUGCAGCACUUAAUUUUUAAGGACAAAAAUACUCCAGCUAGACGAAUCCUUUAUUUGCAUUCUGGUCGAAAUACAUAGAAAUGGUGCAGUUACUUUUAUUGUACAUAAGAGCAACACGAACUACCAACUGAAGUCUUCAUCUAAGUGCUCUGCGAUCUAUGAUUCCAUGGUUUUUUGUAACUGAUCGUGUCAAUUAUUCACGUUACGCACCUUGUUAUUGGAUGGAAAUGAUGCGGUUGGAACAAACUAAUCCCUACGUUGCCCACAACAUUUCAAAUAACUGGACCGUACAAAGGCAAGAUCGAUAUUCGUUCUCCGGUGUAGCAUGCGAUCAAACGAUCGAGCAGACUUUAAACAGAGACUCCAAACUGAAAGGAGGGUUAGUUGGAAUAACAUUGAAUAAAGGCGCUGUGCACCGCUGGUUGAUGGGGCAGGCAGAAAGAAGUGCGAUAACAAGGCAGUGUGAAACUAUGGCCAGCGUAGCAGAAAUUGAUCGGAGCAGAAAGGACCUGGAUAAAUCUCGAAUCGAAGGUGAAGAGAAGGCAGUUAGAGAUGUGAUUGACGUUAUUAAAUCAAUGGUUAAUCCUUUUGAUAAUGAUCAUGAAAGCUUGGUGCACAUAGCAAGUGGAGUUGUUGCGUCUUCUGAUAUCGAGGAUGACAUGAAGCACAUGGUAGACAAAGGAAAGACAGCAUUUACUAGUUUUUUUGAGAAUAAUAUUAUUGGAGAAAAGCCGAACAUAUAUUCAACCAUCAAGAAGACUAAUUUGAAGACAUUUUCAUGUUUGGGAAAGAAAGUGACGAGCAAGAACAGCAAAGGACAACUCCAAGGUGUUGUUUGCGAAGCUGCUCUUGAUAGCAAAAAGUCGAAAUCUUCAGUUGGACGAUGUCUUCACGUAUUCUUUAAGACCAUAUCCUUGCUCCAUUGCAACCAGCGAAGGGGAUCUUGUGAAAACAUCAAAGUCAAAACUGGUUCAUGCAAUUGA